UGUCAGUUGUCAAUGCCAAUGUGACAAAAUAUUUACGUUAAGGUUAUGUUUGUGUCUCUAUUUCGAUAAAAAAACAAUAAUAAUUAAGUUUAAUUGUGAUAAACAACGAUAAUAUUAUUCUCUACUAACAAAAUGGCACCGGGAAAAAAGAAGGUACACGGCAAACGGUCCAACCAACACGUAAAACGGGAGUAUGCGGAGAGAUUGAACGAUUUGCGGCUGGAAUCCUCAGAAGAUAGCAGUGGUGACGGCAGUAAUAGUGAUUCUGAUGGCGAAGGAGUGCCUCCGACAUUUCCAGUCAGCAUGUGGGACUUGAAUCAUUGCGACCCUAAGAAAUGUUCCGGCAGAAAACUCGCUCGACAUAACCUCAUCAAAAACUUGAAACUUGGUCAACAGUUCAGAGGACUUGUGUUGUCGCCGGUCGGCAAACAAUGUGUUAGCCCAAAUGACAAGGACAUUAUUGAGAAAUUCGGACUGGCUGUUAUAGACUGCUCGUGGGCUAAAAUUGAUGAAACUCCGUUUGAUAGAAUGAAGUCACCAAAUCCGAGACUGUUACCGUUUUUAGUAGCUGCUAACCCUAUAAACUAUGGAAAACCGUAUCAACUGAGUUGUGUAGAAGCUUUAGCAGCAGCUAUGGUCAUCACAGGACACAAGAAGGAAGCACAGUUCUAUUUAUCCAAGUUUUCAUGGGGCCAUUCGUUUUUAGAACUUAAUGCAGAAGCUUUAGAGUUGUAUGCAGCAUGUACUGAUAGUAAAAGUGUGUUAGAAGCACAAAAUACAUAUUUGGAGAAUGUUAAAAAUGAAAAAGAUGACCGGGAAAUGUGGCCACCAACUGAGUCUGAAUCGGAAACUGAAUCUGAAGAUGAGAAAUCAUAGUUAUUUAUAAGAAUAAUUUAUUAUAGGACGUAAUAUUAUAAUAUUCUUAAUUUAGAAAAACAUUUAUGUACCUAAUAUUGUAUUUACUGAUUCUAAAAUGUUGAUUGAAUUUAUGGUAGCAGUAUAUGGACUUUCUCCGUGAUUAUUGUAAAAACCUUAAAACUCGUAUUUCAUUAAAUAAUCAAAUAACCAGACAUUGUUACUCUUCCAGAUAACUAUACAGGUAGGCAUUAUACCUAUGUAUAUAAAAUAAUUAAUAUUUAUUAAGUAUUUAGUUAAUACAAUAAAAUGUUAUUCUCAGUA